AUGCGAACGAGCAUAACAAUCAACACCGAUACCGCCGAGGAGACCCGCGAAGUCGGGAAAAUCAUCGGCCAGGAGGCCUCUCCCGGUGACAUUUACCUGCUCACCGGCCCAUUGGGCGCCGGAAAGACCUGCCUCACCCAAGGUAUAGCCAGGGGAUUGGAUGCGCCCGGCUACGCCCGCAGUCCCACUUUCGUACUCGUGACCAGGUAUCGGGGUCGUCUCACGAUCCAUCACGCCGAUUUAUACCGCAUCGGUCAUCCCGCGGAAGCCUGGGACUUGGGUCUGGAAGAUAUCAUGGCGACCGGGGAAGAUGUGCUCAUCGUGGAAUGGGCGGACCGAGCCGCCGAGAUUUUUCCUCUCGACGCCUUUGUGGAUCCAAUUGGACUAUGCGCCGGACGGCAGCCCGGCGGCGUGCGAGGUGAUACCCGGUCCGGACGGUUCGAUUCCGUCGCGACACCGCAUCGCCAUUGCCGAUGCUCCGGAACGAUACGAGCGGCUGCUGGCACAAUUGACGCGUUUCGCCCCCUCCGGUUCUACUCCCUCCGAUGA